GCUAGCGCCUUAUCGUUGGCGCUUCACAAAAAUCGGGCGCUGAUACGCCACCAACGCGUCGCCCGUCGCAAGGGCGAGCUCGCCCAGCCAUAGACGCAUCGCCGCGCGCGCGCGGGCAGCCCGCCCACCCAUGGCGGCCCAGCAGGAAGCUCUACAAGGGGAGGUCCUCUCUGAAUUACUAAUCACGGACAACGACGAGGUCAAGGCCCAAUAUCCUGAUGACAUCGAUGAUACGGGCAUACGGAAGGGCGCCAUCAUUCAUUACGGUUCUAGAAGAGGCGUCGUGGCGCACGACCCGCAGGACGAGAGUGUAGCGGUGCGCUUUCCCGGUCAUGAGGAGGCCGAGGUGCUGCCGUUGCAUGAAGUGUUAUUGGCGCGGCCCGCCCGUAAAGAAGCAAAGAAGCUGGAAAAGGCGGCCAAGGACCUGCACGAUGUUAUUUGCCAGUCCGAACCUUACAAGGAUUAUGGCGACGCGAACAAAGCUACGCUGCAACAAAUCCGCAACGGCGACGCGCCGCCGGUCUGGUCCGUCAACGACGCGAGACAUCGAAGCGAUUUGGAAUGGAUCGCUCAUAUCUGCAUGAAGGCUUGUGCGUAUCGCAACUUAGUGUCCUCCCUAGAACUGCAUAAGCAGUGCUGGACGUCGUUGGAAAUUUGUGUGGAGCCCGCCAUCACACUGUUUGGACGCCAGGCUCCUGAGGUCGUGUCUUUGCUGUUGUUGCAAUUGUACGCGUUUGAGGACUUGUACGACCUACCGAACUACAAGGGCCUGGCGCGGCACGCGCGGCGGAAGUGCGAGGACCUGAUGGAUGUGAAGCUCGAGGGGGAAGUAUCAUUACCUUGGCUCAGUGCGCGGGACCCGUCCAUGCGAUAUACUUCACAAUUACUACAAGCGGAGGCGACGCAGCAUUUAGCAUCGGCAACAGCUGCCAUGGGCGACCCCGAGGGCGCCAUUGACAUUUAUGAAAGGGCCAUCGGGCAGUUAACGACUCUAGGUGAUCUUGGUAGAUUGGCGACGUGCCACCACGACUGCGCCGGUUUAUUAGCGGUGGCGGCCUUAGGCGAACCCGGGUCGCAGUAUAGGGAGUUGCGGGAGUGCGCCAAUCACGCACUUCUCCCAAAACAAGCUAAGAAACUCGUGCAAGCCUUGAGACACGCUUGCGAAGCGUUAAGAGCGGCCGAGUUGAAGUACGGGCGGAUCUCGACGGCGACGGCGCAGAUGCACUACGCGGUUGGGCGUAUUUGUCGGGACGGUCGGUUGUUCUCGCCGGCCAUUCACCAUUUAGGCCAAGCUUCGUUGAUUUACUACGAGGUCUGGUGCGGCUACGCUCGAUGUAAAACUCAUCCAGACGUCACGACCGCGGUCGAAUCUUUGCAAGAAGCCAUCGACAAUUAUAAGGUGAGGGGCCCGAAGUGCAUCGACCUACCACGAGAACUGCGAGACGCUAUUGAUCCGGAAGCGUCGCGAUGUAAGUGCGCGCAAUGUCCAAACGUAGAAACGGACGACGUAAGGUUUGAUAGGUGCUCGAGAUGUAAAGUGGCCAAAUACUGCUCGCGGGAGUGCCAACGUCAGCAUUUCAGGGAGCACAAGCACGCUUGUAAAGUGUGCGAGCCCAUGGCCCUCAAAAUCCAGGAGAUGCGCGAAAAAGAACCAGAUCCGUCUUCUUACGUGCCCGACGGGUAUGCUCCCAAACUGCAGCACAAGGCGGAGCUGGCGCGCGAGGCGCAGCGGCGGAGCGAGAUGGUCACUCCUAGACGGGCCGAGGGCGAACUUCCGACGCCCGAUGCCGAGGCGGCGCCGAUGGACGUUGGGUAAUCAUUUCUCGGA